AUGUAACCAGUUUCUGACGCCAACUGCAGUGUACCAACAAAGACAGCUGCCCCUGUUAAAUGCCUUUACACAUCAGUGGCAGUUUCUGUUGACACCGAAAGUGCAACCGCCACGAUUUGAGUUCUCCCUUAUUGCACACGAUGUCAGAUAAAGGUUCACAUCAGGAGCCGCCUCUUCCUCCUGAUUUGGAUUGGCUAGAACAGUUGUCUGAAGAGGACGAUGGUGACCUUGUGGCUGUGGCUGAUUAUGGUCCGAAGAGGAGUAAUGACGAGACAGCACGGAUGUUCAAGCUGAGGCGAAACCUGGACCAGCUGGACUCUCUACACCGACAGAAGGAGCACGGCGUGCUGAAAACCAGAGAAGAGCUGAAACUCUGUAGUGAGAAUGUUAAAAGUUUGGAGAAGCAGAGGGACACUUUGGAGGAACAGAUAGACCAACAGAAAGCAGCAGACAACAGUGUGGCAGUGUUUCGUUUACGAACCCAGCACAAGCAUUUGUGUCAGAAGCUGCAGAGUGAAGAGGAGCUGGAAGGCCGCAUCGACACCGAGCUGAAGCUGCUAAAACGGGAGCUGAAUGAGUUGGAGGUGGAGCUCAGCAGAUUCUCCUCGCUCCGGCAGGAGUUGCAGGAGGAGGAGCGUCUCUUCCAGGACCUUAAGGUCCAGAAGGCAGCAACAAGGCUGCGGCAGGAAAGAGACGCAUCCCGGAACAUUCAGCUCAAGAUUCAGCAACUCAAGGACAAACAGGUAACCAUGAAGAAGAAAGAGGAGCGUGAAUGUCUGAAGGAAACUGAAGAGCACCAGGCGAACCGCAGGAUAACAGACAAGUACUUAAAAGAGACCAGAAAAAGGCUGCAUCAGGAGGAGGCAGAGAAGGAGGAACAGAACAGACAGUUACAGGAGAAGAGGAUACAAGUUGUUGAGUCACUGAAAUCCAACAUAGCUGCCACACAUGAGAGCUUACGGAUCAAACAAAGCAGAGCUAAAGCAAAUGCCCAGGAAAAAGAACAACGAGAAAAACUAUUGAGAGAAUCCCUGGACGUCCAAGGCAUUAACAGUCUCAGGCAUAUGCACCAAAAGAAACAACUAGAGACGAUAAAACAACAACAAGAGGAAUUCGAAGAGAAACAGAAGUCAAAGAAGGUGAUCGUAGAAAAAAACCUCCAGAGGGAACAGCUGGUGAAGAGCAGAACGAGGCAGCAGGCGAAACUGCCUAAUAUCUCAGGCACUGACAAGUUGUCAUCUCUGAGGAGGGUAGGAGACAGUCUCCUGCACUACCUGGAACCCAGACCCCCAUCGGCCAGGGAGGAGCGAGCCACAGCUCAGUUGAGAGACACAUGUGGCCUCAGCAGCUCAGAUGAUGAGGAGCCAGAGGAAACCAUGCGCCAGGAAGAGGACCAACUGAGUCUCACUGACAGCUUGGCUCAGCCGGAGUGUUCUGGGCUGUGGGACGAGAAGUACAAGAAACUCCUCAAUGAGAAGACAACACUGGUGCAAACGGAAGUGAAGCAGGAAGAAGCUGUAAUGACCAGUGGAAAGCUCAACGUGCCUGCAAAACCAGUUCAUGGAAAAAAGUGGAAAGGGCCUUUAUUCAUCAGCAAACCAGAGGUCAUCCUCUUCAAGGACUUUGAAGUGGGGAAAACGUACAAGAAGAAAUUUGUUCUGACCAACACCAGCUACACCAAGAACCACUGCAAGCUUCUCGGGCUCUCGGCCCAGCUGAAGGAUUUUAUCACUAUCAACUUCAAGCCUGCAGGUUCUCUAUCUGUCGGGAUGUCCUGUGAGAUGCAGGCUGUUUUCCAACCUAUGCUCAACGAGGACCUGGAAGGAGACCUCCAUUUUUCCACGGCAGCGGGUCCCUUCUUUGUGCCUGUCAGGUGCACCAUAAAGAAAUGUGAACUGGAGGUUGACAGUCAGUUAGUGGACUUCGGCUCACACGUGGUGGGCCAGACUAUUUCACGGACUAUCACCCUGACCAACAAGGGAGCUCUGGCCACCCUCUUCAGCCUGGACACCUCCACAUGGCUCAGUCCAGAAUCUCACCAUGUCCAGAUGCCAUCUCCGGUCUCCGCCCCCACAUGCCAGGAGACAAGCAGUCAAAAAACAAAAUGUGGCAGUCAAAAGAGCUCCGGAGAAAUCCGAACAAAGCAAGAGAGACAGAAGCUCUGCGAGGCAGCACAGCAAGAGAAGCCAGGUGAAGUGUCAGAGGGUUCAGCUGUAAGUCCGGAAGUUAUUCCUGAGGCCACUGAUGCAGAACUCAAGCUAGACGAAGACACCAGUGACAUAAGUCUAGGAAAUGUUAGAGAGGGGGAGAUUGGAAUUUUUGAAAGCAUCAAACUAGAGGUUGUUUUCGCUCCAACAGUUCCAGGAGAGGCCACACUAGAUUUCCACAUCAAGUUCUCCGACCAAUCCAGCAAACCAAUACCUAUCCAUGUAAGGGGUAAUGCAGUCAGCAUCCCUGUAUGGGUGGAUCGGCCCACCGUUGAUCUGAAGAUCUGCAUGUUCGACCGCCUCUAUCAGGACACUGUCGCGGUCCACAGCAGAGCCAGCGCAGCGUUGAAGGUGACUUUUGAUGUGUGCCCAGAAAUGAGGAAACACAUGAAGCUCUUACCAAAGACCGGCUUCAUCCAGGCUCAAUCAAGUUUUAAUGCCCAACUGAAGUUCCUGCCGAGACUUUCCUUGUCCAAAGAUGCCCCGAAGUACUUUGACAGUGAUACAGGAGUCCUGGAGGUUCCAAUGACAGUGCAAGUAGCAGGCCAGGUGCAGCCUGUCCAUUUCACAGUGCAGGCAGUGGUGACCUGCACAGACCUGCGGUUCGAGCCCACGGAGGUGGACUUUGGCUACUGUUCCGUUUUCCAUUCGGUCAGGAGCCGUGUUCGCCUCUCCAACCUGUCCCUGCUGCCACAGGAGUUUGGCUUCCUGGGAGUUCCAGAGUUUAUUGAGGUCCAGCCAAAUGAUGGCUUUGGUACUCUGCUCCCUCAAGAAACCCUGGACCUUGAUCUGAUUUUAAGUGCCAACGAAGCCAGAGAGUACAACUUCCAGCUCACCUGCAAGACUGAAAUUAACAGAGAUUUCCUGCUGUCUUGCCGAGCAGUGGGUGUCCGCCCUCCCCUUGAGCUAUCCCAUUCUCUGAUCCAGUUUAGAGCCACGGCCCUUUGUGGCAACUCCCAAGCCAUAAUUUACCUCACAAACCCUCACGCCAACCGUAACCAGUCCAAACAACCAGUAACGCCAGUGGUCAGGGAUGUCACGACUCCUGAAAGACCCAGGCUGUUCUCCUUCACCCUACCCAAGGAUUCGGACAUCAGCAUCACACCUGCAGCAGGACGUCUGCUCCCCGGACAGAGAUGCAAGGUUCAGGUGACGUUCCGACCCAGACUGUUGGAGCAAGAUAUCAGAGAAGAGGCGCUGCGUGUUCUCCAGCGAGCCAAGCUGCUCCGCCAGAAGGAGCUGGAGAUGAAGAGACUCACUGAACAGGAGACUAAAAAGGAGAUCCCAGUGGAAUCCGCCAAAGGAAAAAAAUCACCUGCAAAUCGAAAGCACAGCAAGAAGCCAGAUGAGCCAAAGAGAGACCAACAAUCAGAAUCACCAAAUCCUCUGGACAUACAGCCAGGGUCAGAGCAUUAUGAGCAGGCCAGGGCUUCUCUGCUCUGCUCCGUAACUCAGCGCUGGAGCGACUUCAUCGUUCCCUGCUUCGUAUCAGAUGGAGACCAACCUGACGACGACAGACAGGCCCCACCGACAUGGAGUGCCUUCAACACGCUCUACUUGAAGCUGCAGUGUCCUGCUGUCAGGCCCUCUCUAGUGGUGAUUUCCAACAACGGACACAGCGUCAUAGACUUCCACCAGGUGGCAGUGGGACAGAGGGUGUUGAAGAAGUUUACAGUUCAGAACAUUUCCAAUGAACCUCUGGAUCUGAGGACGUCCCUGCUGGACAUACAUGGACCAAUCUCUCUCCUCAAUGCUCUCAGAUGCAUUAGACCAGGAGGAAAACACACUCUGUUGUUUGCCUUCAGUCCAGAACAGGAGAAAACGUACUGUGAGACUCUGGACAUCUGUGACCAUAAAAUGAGCCUGGAGGUGACACUGCGUGGGGAGGGCGUGGUCCCCGAUGUCACCUCGUCCCACCCUGGAGGUCUUUUGGACUUCGGCUGUGUGUUGGAGAAGGAGAGCACCUCACAGGUCGUAAAGCUGCACAACAACUCUGCCGUGGAGGUGGGUUUCAGGGUGCUGCUUGCUAGUCUGUCUCCCCCCCGGCCUCAGAGUGCCGCGGAAAUUGUGGCCGUCAUGCUGGGUGACUACACAGACUCUGAGGUCCGGCCCAUUGUGGGAACCCAGAACUACAGUGGGCAAAGUGUGUUUAGUGCAGGUCCAGUAAAGGGCAACAUUGCUCCAGGACAGAGUCAGGACAUCACUGUCACAUUCCAGCCUGACCACCAGUCUGUCAAAUAUUCUGACGAACUCACCAUACAUCUCAUGAACAAGACUGAAGUGUGUGUGAUGGAUCUGAAGGGGGCCGCCUCCUCGAACAACAUGUAUCUACACGGAGGAGAUGUCCUGAACGUGCCCUUUGAACCCCUCCUCCUUCCACUGACACCCAGUCAAGCUCAGCCCAAAGAUGAGUCAGAGGGGAGUUCAGAACCCCGCUUCACGGUGCUGGUGACCCUAAGGGCACGCUGCAGCGGGGGUGCCAUCACGCCGGCAGUCAGGGAGCUGCAGGUGGGCUGCAUCAGCUCCAAUAAGAAGAGUGGUGAGUUUUACUUGGAUAAUGUGGCGUCCCUUCAGCAACAGGGCUUCAGCAUAGAGCCCAGCAAAGGCACAGUGGAGGCAGGCCACACACGCACCAUCAAGGUCACAUGGAUCCCUCAUAGUGGACACAAGCCCUAUGAGGUGGUGCAGACAUGUGUGCCUCUUACUGUUAAGGGGGAUGAGAAGCAGGUUUACAGAGUCACCUUGAUGGCUUUUGUCUCCCACACUGCUGACUGACCUCUGCUGCAGCUGGAUGACGUCCAAAUGGGGAGAUCUGGUCCCACACGCACACUGGAACUAUACACAGAUAUGCCAUAUACUGUAUAUUCAGUGCAUGUAUGUGAAUUCCCUAUUUGACAUAAAUAAAAAAUGAAAGGCAGUAAGAAUUGUCUGGGAAUUUAAUUUGAACCAUUUCAUUCUACCACACAGUCACAGUGUGAACUAGAUCCUCAUUGUGUUAAACUUGACAGCAACACAAAGUAGAAGAUACAGUUAUUAGAAAUGUUGAUGAUUAACAUCCUGAAUUACUGUAAAGCCGUGGGGAUCACAACACUCCACUUAAGGACAAAGCUUUAGUGGUUUUUGACAUUUUUGCUAGUUUUCUUACAGACUAGAUGUUUCAGAUGGUAGAGGAGCAGAGCUUCAGGUUACUUUUCACCAUUUCACGCACUCGACUGCAUGAACCUAAUUCCGCCACCAGAGGGUGCAUGUGAUGCCCACUAGACCCCUGGUUAAUGUAGUGUCAACUGAUGGAAACCAGCAGAUGUGUAAAGUGCAUACUGUAACUUUGCUAGUACUGUACACAUGAAGUGAUGGAGACAGAGUUCAGCCUGAGGUCAAACAAA